CGCAUGCGCAAUGUAGGCUUUUAGUGACCAUUAGGAGGCGUUCAUGGACAGUGGGAUUCUGUGGUUUUGUCUUUCAACAUAUUAACGCUCUGUGACAGCGGUACUUCCGGGGUUUUGUGUAUGAUUCUCACACACCGGGGGACGACAUGACUCUGUCAGGGAUGAAUUCCACCUCACAUCCACUUUCUGGAGUCUUUCUCGCGGUUGUCUCUAGUUUCUUUAACGGCUCCACCUUCGUCCUGCAGAGAAAAGGAAUCCUCCGGUGUCGCCGCACAGGAGUCUCCUAUCUGACUGAUGGGGUAUGGUGGAGCGGCACAGUGGCCAUGAUCAUUGGUCAGAUUGGGAAUUUUCUGGCCUAUAACCUGGCUCCUGCUGCGAUGGUGACACCACUGGGAGCUGUGGGAGUUUUGUUUGGGUCUGUCCUGGCCUCCUGGAUCCUGCAGGAACAUCUGAAUCUGCUGGGGAAACUGGCCUGUGUCCUGUGCUGCUGUGGAUCAGUGGUUCUCAUCGUUCACGGCCCAAAGUCAGAGUCUGUGACGUCCAGACUGGAACUGGAGCAGAGACUCUCAGACCCAGUGUUUGUGACCUUUGUGGUCCUGGUGCUGGUUCUCCUCGUGGUUCUGAUCGUCUGGGCCGCUCCAGUCCAUGGAUCCUCCAACAUCAUGGUGUACGUGUCCAUAUGUUCCCUCCUGGGAAGCUUCACUGUUCCCAGCAGUAAAGGACUGGGCCUGGCAGCUCAGGACAUCUUUGGAGGUGGAGCAGCCAGUGACGGAGGAGCCGUGGCUCUCUUCCUGGGCCUGCUGGGGGCGCUGGUGGUCAGCAUCCUGGUCCAGUUCUUUUUCAUCAAUAAGGCACUACAGUGUUUCAGCUCCAACAUUUUUGAGGCCAUCUACUACGUGACCUUCACAUCCACAGUGAUGGUGGCCUCGGCUCUUCUCUUCAGAGAGUGGAGCACUCUGACCUUCACUGACGCCCUGGUCACUGUCUGUGGCUUCGCCACAGUGAGCGUGGGUGUGACUCUGCUACGGAUGUCUCAGGAAGCUUCCAUCACCUGGAAGAAGAAGGAAGGAGGAGAGAAGAGAGAGUGAGGAGUCUUCUCCUGUGGACACCACCUCCAGAUGUCCAACUUCUCACCUCACCUGUGGUCUGUGUCCUGCUGAGAUGUAGCCUGACGUCAUUGUUCACUGUGACUGUAACAAAACACUAAUAAAAACAUACAAAGUU